GCGGUCUGGGCAUCGUUUACUUAAGUCUUCAGCGUGUAGUGUAAAAUUUGGACUCCUACAAUAAUGUCCUCUGAAGCCUUACACGCAUGUCUGUAGCAUGGGUUACAUGCGUUGUUGAGGCUACGCUGACGGAAGAAUAGCGACUACAAUUUAUUGGUUAAUAUUAAUAUGACACCAAGUAUGGCAUAUGACUUGUCAAGCCUCUUCGACAUUUAUAUGUAAAUUACCAGGUAAACACUAGUGAUUCAGCAAGAAUUAGUUGAGGUCGUGCAUGGUAUGAAGCCGGUCGAGGGUUUUCAGGUGAGUUCACAACUCCCCGACGGUCACUGUAACUUAAGGCAGUUGCAAUCAGCAACGGCAGGAACAUUAUUUUUGUUCGUGCUCGCACCUCGCAUGCUUCGCAGUGCAGUCAUCGACAAUAGUCAAGUUAGAGUUGACAGCGUAAAAUCGCACAGACGGUACUACGGUAGGCAUUUCCUGAAAUCCUACAUUCUAGUUGCAUGUAACUGGUGUCAUGGGUCUUCUGACCCUUGGAAAGCCCCUGUCAUGGGAGGAGAUCAAGGCCAGUGGUUAUGAGGAACACAUCCGACGCCAUGGACUGAUCCAGUUUGUAAACCUUUACAACAGGCUGAAGGACCGUCCGUGUGACGUGCUCAAGUGGGGGGACGAGGUUGAAUAUAUGCUGGUGGCAUUGGAUCGCGAGAAGAAGACGGCCAAGCUCUUGCUCAAAGCAGAGGGGAUUCUCCCAGCACUUCAAGCACAAGAGGAGAACAAUCCCAAAGGGGAUUUGAAAACACUGUGGCGGCCAGAAUAUGCUUCCUACAUGGUGGAAGGAACACCAGGCAAGCCGUACGGAGGAUUGAUGGCACACCUGAAUACGGUAGAGGCCAACAUGAAGCUCAGGAGGCAGGAAGUCAUUAAGCUAUUAGACAGUGACAAAGGGGAGACAGCCCUCAGCCUUACUGUAUUCCCCAGGCUUGGGUGCGAAAAUUUCUCCACACCAUCCUAUGAGCCAUACCCCAGGGACGAAGGCAUCUCCAAGUCUCUCUUCAUUCCCGAUGAAGUUAUUUAUCCAGGCCAUCCAAGGUUCAGGAGCUUGACACAGAAUAUACGGAAGAGGAGAGGAGAGAAGGUGGCAAUAAACAUCCCAAUUUUCAAAGAUAAGAACACCCCUUCCCCCUUUGUCGAGACAUUCACCAAUGACCACGAUGGUGAGGGGGCUCGAGCAGCCAAGCCAGACCACGUGUACAUGGACUGCAUGGGUUUCGGCAUGGGCAACAGCUGUCUGCAGAUGACAUUCCAAGCGUGUAAUAUCAAUGAAGCGCGACACCUCUAUGAUCAACUUGCACCACUCUGCCCUAUAUUUUUGGCCUUGAGUGCAGCCUCUCCUGUUUACAAGGGCUACUUAACAGAGCACGACUGUCGAUGGAAUGUCAUUGCGGGAUCAGUAGAUGACCGGACAGAAGAGGAAAGAAACUUAAAACCACUGAAAAACAAUAAGUUUGUUAUCCCCAAGUCGCGGUAUGACUCCAUUGAUAGCUACCUAUCACCCAACGGGGAGCGGUACAGUGACAUCGAUCUGGUACUAGAUGAGAAAGAUUGCCAAGAGCUCAUGGACAAAGGUAUUGAUCGGCAGUUGGCUCGGCAUAUCGCCCAUCUGUUUAUCCGUGACCCAGUGUCUGUCUUUGCAGAGAUGAUUGACUUGGAUGACACCAAGGACUCGGACCACUUUGAGAACAUCCAGUCAACCAACUGGCAGACGAUGCGGUUCAAGCCGCCACCGGUCAACUCCAACAUCGGCUGGCGGGUGGAAUUCCGGCCGAUGGAGGUCCAGUUGACCGACUUUGAGAAUGCUGCUUUUGUUGUUUUUGUCGUCCUGCUGACCCGCACCAUUUUGACCUUCAAGCUGAACCUACUCAUGCAGUUAUCAAAGGUGGACCUCAACAUGCAGCAAGCGCAGAAGCGCAACGCCAUCCUGAAUUCAAAGUUUUACUUCCGGAAAGACCUGCGGUCCUGUGCAUGUGAUUGUCCAAUCGAGGACGAGCAGUGCCUCAUGAGCAUCGACACCAUCAUCAACGGGGGUCCCCUGGGAGAGGGGCAAGGGGACUUCCCUGGCCUGAUCCCUCUCAUCAAUCAGUACGUGGCCACUGUGGAGACAGACCUUGACACGCGGUGCACCAUCAUGUGCUACCUCAAGCUCAUCUCGGAUAGGGCCUCAGGCAAACUGGUGACAUUAGCCUCCUGGAUACGGAACUUCAUCACCAGUCACCCAGACUACAAGCACGACUCGGUCGUCACGGAGAGGAUCAACUACGACCUCGUGGAGGCAUGCGAUCGCAUCACACAGGGUCAGUUAGAGCCUCCUGAGCUGUUUCACUGCUCCGAGUCCAAAUCUUCCAAUGACAUUCCGAACUCAGUGAAGGUGGCCCAGGAGAUAGUCUAGUGCUCUCGCCUGCUGAGGGGGGGGGAAUCACUGGCACCCUGUAGUGAAGGUGGAUGAAACCACAGAACUCUGAUACUAAUUGGACUGGGCAACAGGGGUCGAAAUUAACCUUUUUUUCCCUGGUAGCCAGCAGGACCAGUGCUUCAAAAUUUUCACUGGUCCUGCUGAAAGUUUGGUGGUUCCAUACCAGAACUACACAUGCAGCCGUUUGAGCAAUCCUUGUUACGGCGCAGGCUGCGACAAAUUUUUUUUUUUUUAGUUUGGCCGAUUGGGCAGGCCAUGC